AUGUCGUUGGCAUCAUCAUUCUCGAUACUCCGGCACCGAGCGGCGGCUUCCGCCGCUCCACUGCUCCUGCGCCGUUUCCGGUCCCUCCCAAUUGCCGCCCGGCAGCAGCCAAACCCUAACAGACAAGCCGCCCCAAGUCGCAACCUUCUGAAGGCGAAAAAAUCGUUGAAGGAGUUUUCCUCUCUCGCCCCUGUCCUCUCCCUGGAAGACAGCCCUCCUCUCACGGAAUCUCAGGCCAUCGGCGUCGUGGCGGCGUCGCAGGCUAACUUCAUGCGCGUCAUCGUUCCCAAAAACGACGAACCUCCUUCUUCUGGAACCUUCCGCGGGGUGGAGCUUCUCUGCGUGGUGAGGGCGCUCUUAAAGAAGAUUAAGCGUAGGGUCAUGGUCGGGGACAAGGUUCUCGUCGGUUCCGUCGAUUGGGUGGAUCGCAGGGGAUGGAUUGAGAACGUGUUUCAGCGAUCCUCUGAGAUUCUCGACCCUCCCGUUGCCAACGUCGACCACCUUCUCGUGCUGUUCUCGCUCGAACAACCCAGGCCCGAACCGUUCACUCUCACGCGCUUUCUUGUCGAAGCUGAAUCCACUGGAAUCCCUCUCACGCUGGCACUCAACAAGACCGAGCUUGUGGAUAAAGAGAUCAUUAGUUCGUGGAAGGCCAGGCUGCGCAGCUGGGGGUAUGAGCCGGUUUUUUGCAGCGUUGAAUCUGGACAUGGACUUGAUCUUCUUGCAUUCAAGUUGAGGGAUCAAACAACAGUGAUUGUUGGGCCUAGUGGAGUGGGAAAGUCCAGUUUGAUAAAUGCCCUUAGAAGCAAUCCUUAUGAUGUGACGGAAGGUGGAAAUUGGUUUGAGCCUAUUUCGGGAAGCAAGUGGCUUGAGGAUCAACGAGUUGGGGAGGUUUCAAUGAGAAGUGGCAGAGGAAAGCAUACUACUCGCCAUGUCUCUUUGCUUCCAUUAUCUGGAGGGGGUUUUCUUGCUGAUACUCCUGGAUUUAACCAACCUAGUUUAUUGAAAGUGACAAAGCAGUCACUUGCGCAGACUUUUCCUGAAAUCAGGAAAAUGCUUUGUGCGAAUGAGUCUGAGAAAUGUUCAUUUAACAAUUGCUUGCAUAUGGGAGAACCUGGGUGCAUUGUGAAGGGAGACUGGGAAAGGUAUUCGUUCUAUUUUCAACUCCUGGAUGAAAUCAGAAUCAGGGAGGAGUUCCAACUUAGAACAUUUGGAACUAAAAGAGAAGGGGAUGUAAGGUUGAAAAUGGGAGAUAUGGGUGUUCAGCAAGCAGAACCACGGUUGGAACCUAAAAAGCAUAGGAGACAAUCUCGGAAGAGGAUUAACCAAUCAAUUUUAGAUGAUUUAGAUGAUGAAGACGACGACAAUUUGCUUGAUGAGGAAAAUGAUCCCAUUUUAAGGGCGCUACGGAAUAAAAACUCUUAG